GUCUUCUGCCCAGCUCCCGGGCGCACCCUUGAUUUCCUCGCUUUAUCUAAAGGCCGGCAGAUGUCCAAGUGGCUUCCUUCCCUCGGCCACGACCGGCUGCGGAGGACAAAGUCUUCAGAGGCCAUCUAUUUUCCGUCAGCUGCAGACAUCCUAUUUAUUAUCCCUGUUGUAGAGCAACAUAUGAAUCCGGGACAGCCAAAAAUCCUGUUGCUCCUCCUCUUGAGCUGGGGUGCGCUGGAAGAAUCCGGAGACUUCACUUCCCUGAGCAAGGAAAACGUCUUCGAGAACAACGCAUUGGCUUUCCGGGUGGCUGAGAAGGAGCUGGGCAUCCCGGCUUUGCUGGACGCUGAAGAUAUGGUGGCCCUUAAAGUGCCCGACCGGCUGAGCAUCCUCACUUACGUCUCCCAAUAUUACAAUUACUUCCACGGCAAGUCGCCCAUUGGAGGGAUGGCUGGAAUCAAGCGUCCGGCUUCCCAACCCAGUGAGCAGCCGACCGAGAAAAGAGGGGUUCCUGAGCCGAGGGCCCCGAGCUCAACGCAACCAGCAAGGCCGCCUUUUCUUGAACCCAAAGCAGAACCAGCUGUGGUGGGGCGGAGGCUGGCGAUGGACUCCCCUCAGGCAGUCGAAAGACGGGUCUUAGUCGAGAAGAACAAUACACAACCCAGCAACUGUGCCAUCUGCGGAACUCAUGUGCACUUGGUCCAGCGCCUCCUGAUGGACGGGAAACUGUAUCACAGGAAUUGCUUUAGGUGCAAAAAAUGUUCCAGCACUUUACAAAGAGGAAACUACCAAGCUGGGCUUAGCCCGGGCACCUUCGUUUGUAACCGACACGCAGGGGCUGCACCUGCCCAGCUCCCGGUCAGCAUCAGCAUCAACAGCACCAGUGACAGCAAGAAAGACGAAGCACGGAGCAUCCUUCAGCGCUUCUUACCGGGACCGCAGCCCUCGGCCAGCCAGCCGGGAGGGGUUAGCAGCGCUGCGGUGCCCCGAUCUUUGGCUUACAACAGGAAUCUCCCCAAGGAUCCUAGCCACAAAGUGGAGGUUGGAGCUGAGCCCCAGAGCAAAGUCAAGGAUGGGUCCAUUGCCACAUUGGCCCACACUGGACGUAAAUUGGACACCAAGGUGGUGGUUAAAGUGAAAAACGUCAGUGGGGCAGAAGAGAAAUUGGAGAAUCCAGAAGACUGGAGAGCGAAGCUGAAGCCAGUCAAACCCCCCCAUCAGGACGCAGCCAAGCCGUCUCCAAAACCUGCCGAUGUUCACAAAGUGUUGAUCAACAUAGAGGUGAAACCUGGACAAAACGACAAAAAGCCGCCUCUUUUGGUCAUCUCCCCGGCAGCUCCUAACUCUGCACCGCUGGCUGUCCAGCUCCCGAAGAAGAAGCUGUUGGUGCCACAGCUGGAUGCCUCCAUCAGCUGGCAGAAAGAGAAGCUGCCGUGGGAAUCUCAGCCAGCCACUGCCAAAGCAGAGAAAUGGAGUCCCUCGAAAACAGUGGUUGCGGCCGCCCAGCCGUCGUCUCCGGGAACCUUCUGGAAGCAUCCGGGUGAUCAAGCCGUCUCUCCCACCAAGCUCCACCCGGAUUACAUCCCCGAGGAAGAGAUCCGGAAAGAAAUCCGGCAGAUCGAAAGAGAUCUGGACAAGCUGGAGCAGAAGGGGAUCACCUUGGAGAAACAGCUGCGGGCUUGCGAGGGAGACGAUUCCGAAGAUGCCCUGAUGGUGGAAUGGUUCAAACUGAUCCACGAGAAGCAGCUCUUGCUGAGACGGGAAUCCGAAUUGAUGCACAAGAUAAACCAGCAGAAACUGGAAGUAAAGCAGUGGGACAUUGAGACCGAACUUCGGAGUCUCAUCAGCAAAGCUGAUAACUUGAAGACCGCGAAGGAGAAGGCUCGGGAGAAGGAACUUCUCGACUCGUACUUGGACACGGUCAACAAUCGGAACAAAAUCGUCGAAGACCUGGAUGAGGACAGACUCAGGGAGCUGGAAGAAGAUGAGAUGUUCGUUGACAUGAUCAAGAAGUUUGGUGUGUCUCGCAGCCCCCAGGACAAUGAAAAAAGGAAAAACAAAUUUGGCUCUUUCGGAAUAUGGAAAACCAAGAACUGAAUCCAGGAGGGGAUGCAACCUAAGGAGCUGCAUCACCUGAAACGACGGAUCUAUUUGCUGUUCAGAUAACUUUGUUUCCAAGGAGGAGAAGGGGUUUAGCUGCUCCACGAAGAGGUGUGUGUGUGUGUGUGGAGGGGGAAUUGAAGCAGAAGCAGAUCUCCCAGGAAAUCUAGCCGUGCUUGGAUAGUGGGGAGCAAAGCCCUGGGGUGAAAUAUAGGCUCUGAAUGCAGCCACUCCUCUUUGCCUUUUGGAAUUUGCCAAAAAUCCAAGUGCAGUUUGAGCAUCUUCAAACAAAGCUUUGAAGCAAAGACCUCGCACGGAUUCUUUUUUUU